AUGGACGAAUUUGCCGGAUUGCUCAUCUCAGAGUGUCUGGGCUCGCUCGUCGAGGCAUUCCCGGUUCAUCUCACUGCAACCCUGGCAAAAGAAACAACCAGAAUCGAAAGGGGCUCAAAAGCUGGCACUCGCCGCACUGGUCAAAAGACAACUGAGACCGACAAAUUAAUGGCUCGCCUGCUUAUUUAUGGUUUCAAGAGCGACACAGACGGCAUCGGGAAACACCUGUCGGACGCUGGGCUAUACCUUCAACACCCGUCCAUCGCCGAGUAUGACGGGCGCACCGAAUACUUCAAUCCUCAUCUACUCCUCCGACCCGGAGCGCCAAUGCCCAGAAUCGAGGAUUUGACUCUUGAUUCGGAUGCAGACACAUCUGCCGGAACGGUGACGUUGAAUGAAGUGAGCAAGAACCGUCUGUGGAGGCUGUUCAACGCAGCAGACGGACAUGCUGUGGUUCCUGAUGUGAAAGCUAGCCGUAGGUUGGCUUGUGACUUGCAGGAUCAUCAAUUGGCCGCGCUGCAGAUGAUGGUUGAGAGGGAAUGCGGGAUGGUUACCGAGGCAAAGUUCCCAACCUUGUGGGAGCGGUUUGGCAGUGACGACAAUCCCAGAUAUCGACAUAUAAUAUUUGGAAGGCAGGAGCUCAACCCAGCUCCGCUUUUCGGAGGUAUUCUUGCCGAUGAAAUGGGACUAGGCAAAACGCUGAGUGCUUUGGCCUUGAUCUGUUGGCAUCUGGAUUCAAUCGCAGCCCACCAAGUUGAGAUCCCCGAGAGCCGUCAAACAACGAUCAUUGUUGUCCCAAAGUCAAGUACGUCUGGCCGCAUUGCUGACCGUUGGUUUCACAUCAAGACGGGCCAAGUCAGAUGGACAACCUACUACGGUCCUUCCAGACACCAGAGACUUGCUGGAUUGUUGCAGUAUGACAUCGUUCUCACCACCUACGACGUCCUCCGUCAUGACUUUACUUUACGCCGAGAUCGGGAAACGGUCUAUUCCCUUCAGUGGCACCGAGUGAUUCUCGAUGAAGCACACCGGAUCCGCACACGCUCCUCUGCAAUUCACCAAGCCGCGCUGUCCAUUUCCUCCCUUGCCAAGACUCGCUGGUGCCUCAGCGGAACACCGUUACAGAACUCCCUCGACGAUUUUGGAGCUCUCCUCUCCUUCCUUCACGUUCCAGGUUUGCAUGAGAAGAAAGACUUUGACCGGAUAAUCGCGUUACCGUACCGAGAAAAUGAUUGUUUCAGCGCACGUCGAUUGCAAGAUCUGAUUCGAGCCACUUGCCUGCGACGCACGAUGGUUCAGAUUGGGCGGAGCCUGGGCUUGAGGCCUCCAGUCGAAACCACCACGCAUAUUGAGCUGAGCGAUAAUGAUCGAGAGCUAUAUCUUUUCUUUCAGAGGAAAUGCCAUCUCCUUGCCCGGGAUGCUGUCGAAAGGAAGGGAAAGAAGAAGUCAACUGGGUCCAAAAUCGGCAAGGGAGAGGAUAACCUGUUAACCCUCAUCAAUUUUCUGCGCCUGAUCUGCAACUACGGAGAGCGAAUGCUUCCCAGCAAAGCAGUCACGGCGUGGAGAGAAAAGAAUCCGGCCGCGGUGAAUUGGCAGAUGCUGCGACGCGCCAAGGGGAGAUGCUCCAAGUGUGAUGGACCAGUGGGGUUUGGCGAGGAGACGCUAACACUGCCUUGUGGCCACGACUUGUGCCCUUCUUGUUUGCUGGACGCCGAAGAAGAGAACAAGGAAGACGAGGAGGCUACGUCGACCCAGAUAUGCAGAGUGUGUCAUCAUUCAUCUGCCAGUAGUGGUACGCGUGAAUCGCGCUAUCGGUCGGCGAAGACGGAGGCCCUGAUCCGCAAUCUUCGAGAGGAACAACGCACUGGUCCUGGCGGCGUCAGCUCAAAGAGUAUCGUCUUUAGCUGCUGGACAAGAAUGCUGAAUCUUGUAGAACUAGACCUUGACGCUGAGGGCUUUACAACGAGCAGAAUUGAUGGGACGUUAUCGUUGGAUCGCCGUCAACAAGCCCUCAGAGACUUCACAGAAAACCCCAAUUGCAGGGUUCUGCUAGCAAGCAUCAACAGCGCGGGCGAGGGCAUCGACAUCACUGCUGCAAAUCACGUCCAUAUCCUCGAGCCACAAUGGAACCCCAUGACGGAAUAUCAGGCCAUCGGUCGUGUCCAGAGACCUGGUCAGGACAAAGUGGUCACAGUAACGCGAUACAUUGUUAAUAGGUCCAUCGAAACUUAUAUUCAAUGGAUCCAAUCUGACAAACUACGCUUGAUCAACCAGUCUAUGGACCAAACCACGAUAUCGCAGGAGGAGCUAGACGAAGAGCGGUGGAAGGUAAGUCAGGAUUGCCCGAUCACUGUAAGUUGA